AUGGGCGAAGAUAUUCUCUCUGAGAACACAGAUAAUUUAGCGGAUACUCAUUUACCCUCUAAAUCCACGAAGUAUCAAGAUGUGAGUGUUAAAGAUUAUUCAAGAACUUUUAAUCUUUGCGGAGCCAAUGACAGACCAGAUUUACGAAAUGCAGAAUAUAUGAGUCCAACGGAGCAUUUGAAUUGUCCCAUUUGUCAACAACCAUUUUUUGAACCUUUGACCACCGUCUGCGGUCAUACAUUUUGUAAAGAUUGUAUUUAUGAAUGCUUCAAAAUGUCUAAAAGAAAUCAGUCCGAAAUGAGUUCUGGAUGUUGCCCGUUAGAUAGAACUCCGAUAGAUGCUAACGAUUCAAAUGAUUUGUUUCCAACCCCGUUAGUCAUAGUAAACUUAGUUGAUGAUUUAAAAGUUCAGUGUUUAAAUACGGAAAGAGGUUGUGAUUGGGUAGGAAGUAGAUGGGAAUUGGAACAUCAUGUAAUAGCAGAUUGUGGAUACACGGGAGUGAAGUGCGGUGGAGUCAGGGAGCUUGAUGAUCCAUCUGAGGGAGAAGAAGUUUGUGAAAUAUUGGUGGAAAGGAGACAUUUAAGUGACGAUAACAGUUGUGCGCACAAGCUUUUUCAAUGUGAGCACUGCAAUCUGCUACUUUCUAAGAUCUCUGAGAAUGAGCAUCUAUCGAAAGAUUGUUUGUUUAACUACCAGACUUGUAAGCUUUGUGGAAAUGAUCUCAUUCCUCUCAAGAACCUUGAAAAGCAUAAAGAUAACUGUUCGAAGAUAGGGCACAUGAAAUGUCCAGCUCACGAGAUUGGUUGUGAAUGGGUUGGGACAAACCAAACAUCAUUAGAAAUUCAUUUACAAGAUAAUAAUUGUCAGCUUAAUCAAUUUUUACCAUUUUUCAAAAAAAUGAAUGGCAAAGUAGAGUCGCUAUUCAAUGAAAAUCAGUUUUUACAGAAACAAAUAAAUAAAAUCUUGAAUCUGAUAAUUCAGGGAAAAAUCACGAACUUGGGGUACAACGAAUCCAUCGAGGAAAUCAAUAAGUCUUCUAGGACGGAAGAUGUAGAUUCGAUGAUUUACUUAAAUUAUGAGCUUGAACGAUUGAAGUUUGAAGUCGAUGAAAAAAUAAUACCCUUCAUUUCUGAAAAUCAACCUAAUGAGAGACAGCCCAUUUUGAAUAGCUUGGUGAAUGAUAAUUUUAUAUUAAAAGAGGAUUUGAAGAUUCAAAGAAUUCUAAUCAAUAGUUUAAGAAAGCAGGUACAGUUCUUACUAUUUAAUAGAGGAAAUAUAAGGACCAAUAAGUUCAGUUCGCAGUUAGAUGAUCUAAGCGAUAUGCUUGACGUGCCAUCGAGGAGUAGUUCCGAGGAAAGGUUAAAUUUAAAGCUUUGA